GUGAAAUACGACAGAAUCCACACCUCCAAAAUGCAAAUCUCAAUUUUCCCAUCAUCCAUUGAUAGUCUUCUCAAAUACCCCAAAUCGGAGUGAUCGUCACUCAUCCCAUGUACCCCAAACCUAGAAAUCCACCUCAACUAUUCACGUCCAAUAAUUGGUCGACACGACAACCUUUGCCCAGAAUUUGGCCAUUUCUACUCGACGACUGUUUUGAGAAAGGGGCAAUUCUGAUACAGUGCCUUAUAAUACCCUAAUACCUACUUAUAAACACUAGACUAGACUAUACGUAGUUACUAUAUGAAAUCAAUAACCAUGGUCAAAGCAGUAAGUUUUUCAAAAAAAAUCCCCAUUCUUAAAAACCAUGAUUACUAAAAAGUUCACGUAUGUAGGCAGUAGGUCAAAUAUGUUCAACCUCAAGCAUGAGCCACAACCUCUCAAUCUGCAAGUACCUCGCCGGUAAAGCCGUAGAAGAUGGAGCAAAAGUAAUCCCUUUCCCCCAACUCCCACCCUCACUCACUCCCUCCCUCCCCCUCUCUCAUAAAAAAAAAACUCAAAAACCACCUAACAAAACCCCAGGUCCUCUUCCUCCCCGAAGCCUCAGACUACAUAGCCAACAACCCCACGGAAUCCCUCGCGCUCGCCCGACCCAUGGACUCCUCCCCCUUCGUGUUAGGAAUCCGCAAAGUCGCCAAGGAGCUCUUCCUCGCCGUCAACGUAGGCAUCCACGUGCCCGCGCCGGACAACAAAGUCUUCAAUCGAAGCUGUUGGAUCAACGCCGAGGGGGAGAUCGAGUCGUACUACGACAAGCUCCAUUUAUUCGACUAUGGGGAGUUGAAGGAGAGUAGUACGGUCCAGGCGGGGAAGGAGAUUGUGAAGCCUGUGGAGAGUGUGAUUGGGAGGGUGGGGAUGAUGAUUUGUUUUGGUAUGUGACUCUUUCUUGCUUAUGAUUCAUUUUUCAUUUUGGAAAUUGCUGUUUGGGUUGAGUUUUGGUAUUCAUACUAACGUUUUGUAGAUGUGAGUUUUCAAAGCUUCAAAGCCCUUAAGUUUUAUGAGUUUCCGGUGACUGAUGAAAACAUAAAAUAGUUAAGGUUCCCCGAGAUCAGUUUAGCACUCAAGCGUCAAAACGCGCAGGUAAUCGCUUACCCAUCAGCAUUCACAGUGAAAACAGGGAUAGCACAUUGGUCCCUACUACUGAGAGCAAGAGCCAUUGAGACGCAGGCAUAUGUGAUUGCAGCUGCUCAAAUCGGUCCUCACAACCUGAAGCGAACAAGUUACGGACAUUCUCUCGUGGUCGACCCAUGGGGUAAAAUCCUCUUGGAGAUGAGCGGAGAAGGAUCAGAACCAGAAUAUGGGAUCGUGGAUAUUGAUUUAGAGUACCAGGAGAAGAUUAAGACAGAGAUGCCACUGUCAAGGAGAACGUAA